CCUGUCAAAGCUUAUUUCCGGUGUUUCGGAUGCUGACGCUCUUUUCCGGUACUGGUUCCUCCCCACCCCCAAAGGUUUCUUUGGGGUGCACGAUGAGGCUGCUGGCAUUGGUAGUGUUGGCUCUACUUGCUGUCACACAAGCAGAGGAAGGAGCCAGGCUUUUGGCAUCCAAAUCACUGCUGAACAGAUAUGCGGUGGAGGGCAGAGACCUGACCUUACAGUACAACAUCUACAACGUGGGCUCCAGUGCUGCAUUAGAUGUGGAAUUAUCUGAUGAUUCCUUCCCUCCAGAAGACUUUGGCAUUGUCUCCGGAAUGCUCAACGUCAAAUGGGACCGGAUUGCCCCUGCUAGCAACGUCUCCCAUACUGUUGUCCUGCGCCCUCUCAAGGCCGGUUAUUUCAACUUCACCUCAGCAACUAUUACUUACCUGGCCCAGGAGGAUGGGCCCGUUGUGGUUGGCUUUACCAGUGCACCUGGACAGGGAGGAAUCCUGGCUCAGCGGGAGUUUGAUAGGAGAUUCUCACCUCAUUUUCUGGACUGGGCAGCCUUCGGGGUCAUGACUCUCCCCUCCAUCGGGGUCCCCCUGCUGCUGUGGUACUCCAGCAAGAGGAAAUACGACACUCCCAAGACCAAGAAGAACUGAGGGGCUUGCACAGCCCUCCCAUCCCAAGAAACGCAGGUGCUUUCCAGACUCCAGAGGGAUCUCAGAUGCAGUCUCCUCCCUUAGCCCUCGGCCGCCUUCUCCUGGACCCUGCCCUGCUCUCAUCCCGAGGGAAGGACUGGGCCGAGGACUACGAGAGCCUCCUCGCUUCCCCCUUGAAGCCAUACAGACAAGAAUGCCCCGAGCCUAGAGGUGCCCUGGGGUGUUUUGCUGGCGGUACGAGCUCUCCAGUGUAGGAGGGGGCAUUUGGAGACUGCAUGACACCACCCCCAUCUCCUGCUCUCCCCUCUCAGAAGGGGAUAGAAGAUAAAGUGAAAGCUGUGUGACUCUCGGAGGCUACCCAGCUCCUGUUCCGGGUUAGGGAAGUGCUUACCAAAUGGGUUUUCUAAUAAAAACAAAUGCCACACUGA